GAUCCCCCGGCUUAGCAACCACGGCAGCCCCAUAAUGAGUUGGUGGGCCCUACCGCUAACACUGGAGGCUCGGUAGCCUCCAGCUAAACGAACUUAGGGCCCGGGAGGAAAAAGGGAGGGGAUAGAGGAAAGGAAGAGAAGAGAAAGGAGUAGGAGUUACUAGGAUGGGUGGAAGGGAAGGGAGGCGAACUGUUCUACGAGUCCCUGUCAGACCGCCCAUGUGAACUUGCAACCAUGGGGGUGUAGGCAUCACCUAUAGUGUGCCUAGGUCCGCGACAUAAUGUCCCCCCGUGCAUGGGCGUGCAUUCGGUGUGAAGACCGAGCGCACAAGAAUUGCCUCGGGGGGGAUCUACAUAUUUAAGACAGGCUGUAAUUAUUAGUUCAUUAAAGCUUAAUUAAUACGCAAUUAAUAAUGAUCAUGAUUAUACGAUUAUGAUUGAAUAGGAUGUUAAGCCAUUGUUAUGACAAUAUGCAUAUGUUCCCACAACAAGUUGUUAGGUGUCGACAACGUUUACCCGAGUUCUGCGUAAACUAACGCCAUUGUCACAAAAGCAGAUACCUGAGACUUUACGGGACAUACAGUAUCUUUGCAUUACACUUUUGUACUACCAUGUGGAGGAUAUUUGGUAUUAUCACCGUAAUGUCAUAAAAAUCCUACACGAACUAACAACAAAACAGCCAUUUGAUCUUGCAUCGAACUCGCUUUACUACAAAUAGGUAAAAUAAGCUAAAGGUGUGCACGCAAUCAACAAUUUUAGUGAUAUUGCUUUUACGAAAUUAAUGAAACUAUAUCCAGAUUGCAGAAAAUUUUAAACAAUAAAAUAAAGAUGAAUUUGCUGAAAAAUGAUGUUUUAUUUUUUUUUUUCCAUAUGUAUUAAUAACUUCGAAUAGACAACUUUUAAAAAUACGGUAAGCGCGAAAUUUUUGUUUGAGGCAUCACUUAAAUUAGCAAAAUCACUGAUCAAAAAGGCCAAUUACUCAGAUCCUUCGUAAGUAUAGGCAGGUACCUACUUACACAAGUGUACUUGUUUUAUGUACUAACUUAAUAAAUAUAUUUUUUUUAGUUUCCGUAAUACUAGACCUUAACAAUGCGCCAAGGUUUUAAAUUGCGUGUCCUUCAGCGCACAUUAGUGCUUGCUGCAGACAAUCAGAUGUUAGUGCAACCGUGGCGACAUGGAGGCUUUUCAUUUUAUUCUUACCUAUUUCACUACUAAGAAUCUAUCCUUGAUUACUGCGUUUCUCUGCUGGCCACGGGGUAAAAACAUCUUGACUAUUCAAUACAAUUUGAAGAAUGGUAUAUAGUGUAGUAAAAUUCGUCUGAUGAUAAUGUCGCCGCCUGCAUAUAAUGAUAGCAAAAGCAUUGAAAUGCGCUGUCCAGUGGUCGUUUGUAAUUAUAUUAUUAUUAUCCUAACAAUUUCUUCAAAUCGUAGUAUAAUACUGCGAGUACAUUUUAGUCAGUAAGAGAAUGAGUAGGGAUACUACCAGGCGGACCGAUGUUAUGGAUUUUUUUUCCGGACGCUUAGUGCUCAUUAUUUUAUUCGAUGUUUUAGUUAAAUAACAUUUUAAGUUUUCAUGAAUUAAAUUCUCUAAUAUGAAUAGAGGGAUGAAAAUCGGCCACACAGUAUUUAUAAUUAUAUGCCUUCGCCAGAGGAUCUUGUGCAAUUAUGGCGGAUCGCACAGCAGUACGGCAUGAGGAUCGACAUGCGGCCUGAUUUCCAGCGGCUUCCCGACCUGCUCGCGUACGACUUUCAUCGAGAAGGCGUGGUGCUCGACGUCACCUGCCCUGGAACUGAAUUGGUUCUUAGAAAGGCAUCUUCAAACCGAGCGUUCAUCCACCGAUACUCAUGGCUGCUCCUCCACAACUCUUCCUACGACCCGACAGUGAUCCACAGCACCCUGAAUACUACCUCCGUCCUACCAGACUCUGAUGUCGUCUGGUCUUUUCCUGAUAACUUGGUAGACGUGUAUCGAGUGAGGCCUGAUAAGCCGCUGGUACUGACGACCCUGGGGCUACCGAGAGAUUCUUCUUGCGAAGACCUGAGUAAGCUGUGGCGUGAAAUGCCGAUGGCUGCAACAAGAAGGAAAGACCUCAAGAAUGUUUACUUGACAGCUGCUACUAUUAUUACCCAGCCGCAGUACUUCAAGGGCUGGUCGGACCUGCACGACCGGCAGAUCGACACCUACCCUAAGUUCACCUACCCCAUCAUGAUGCUGUGCGCCGAGGACCUCAACUUCAGGUACAACCUCAAGCAGGUGGACUUCUACGGUGAAGACAAUAAUGGCUCGUUCAACGGGCUCGCGGGGCUGCUGCAGCGGCGCGACGUCGAGGUGGGCGUCACGUCCAUGUUCAUGCGCGAGGACCGCUGGCGCGUGCUGCACUACUGCUCCGAGACCGUCGAGCUCGUUGGUGCGUUCAUGUUCCGUCAGCCGGCGCAGUCGGCGGUGAGCAACGUGUUCGCGCUGCCGUUCAGCCGCGGCGUGUGGGCGGCCAGCGGCGUGGUGUUCCUGGCCGCAGCGCUGCUGCUCGCCACCAUCACCUAUCGCCUACGCCGCGAGGACCACGCAUUACAGCCGCUCUCGUUGCUAGAAUGUUUCACCUUUGCCAUCGGCACUGUUUGUCAACAAGGGUUCUACACGUUCCCGUCAUCAGUGUCGGUGCGCGUGGUAAUGGUGUCGACGCUAGUGGCGGCGUUGUUCACGUUCACGGCUUACUCCGCGAAGGUGGUGGCCAUCCUGCAGGCGCCGAGCGACGCGGUGCGCACUAUCGCCGACCUGGCGCGCUCGCCUAUGGCGCUUGGCGUGCAGGAGACCACUUACAAAAAGGUGUACUUUGCUGAGAGUAAGGACCCAGCAACGCAGUUCCUGUACCGACGCAAGUUGCUGCCGCUAGGAGAUGGCGCGUACCUCAGCGUGGUGGACGGCAUUGCUCGGAUGCGCGCAGGACUCUUCGCCUUCCAGGUGGAGCAGGGCUCAGGAUACGACAUCAUCAGCAAGACGUUCACGGAACACGAGAAGUGCGGCCUGAAAGAGAUCCAGGCGUUCAAGCUGCCGAUGGUCGCCGUGCCCAUCGUCAAGCACUGCGGCUACAGGGAGCUCAUAGCUUCCAGACUCCGCUGGCAGCGUGAGAUAGGCGUGAUGGGUCGGUGGCGGCGGCGCUGGUUGGCGAGCCGGCCGCAGUGCGAUUCCGCCGCGGGCGGCUUCCUCAGCGUUGGUAUCUCCGACGUACUGCCUGCCAUCGAGAUUUUAGCGACGGGUAUGAUGAUCGCCAUUAUUUUGUUAAUCGGAGAAAAUGUUAUUCACGCCGCGUUGAACCGUACAGCUCUUCUACGGAAGACUAAAAAUAGACUACGGCGAUGAUGAAGCCGGUGAGGUGGAAGAGAACGAGCAGCGUGCGGUCCAGCAGCCGCGCCGACGCCGCCCACGCCGCGCUCUGCUCGCUCGACAGCGUGUCCUGCACACACUAACACUAU